GAUGUACAAAUUGCGGCGAAAUCGUUAAAUCGCGUUUUUCAACAGCCACAAACAACAGUAUUUUUUUUUUCGUUUUUGUUAUGAAAAAUUAUUGAAAUUUGAAUUGAAUUAUUUCAGUCGUUCGUGGAUCAUUAAAACGUUCGGAUGAAAUUUUCAUUUAAAGUUUUUUAUCGGUUCGUUUAAAUUAAAAUUUAAAAAUAAAUAAACUUGUUUGAAAGGAAAAUUUAAUUAAAAACAAAUAUCGAAUAAGACAUUAAAAAUUUUUAUAACCAACGAUUAUGAAUAAAAAAAAUAGUUAAUUGAAAAAAAAAGAGAAAAAAAAGCACGAAAUUCAUGUGAAAAAAUAUAAGUGAAUAAAAAAAAUUUUAUAUAAAUAAAAAAAGAAUUUAUAAAUGAAAAAUUGAAAAUAAUCGAAAAAAAAGUGUAUGUAAAAAAUAAAUAAAAUAUCAAUUUUUUUUUUUAGAAUAAACAAUAAAGAAGAAAUAUGAAGGCUGAAACCCUUAAGCCUUUUAUAACCUCACCAUCGGUUACAGAAUAUGUGGGUAAUCGGAAACGAAACGUUAUUGUUAUUGGAUUAUCAGUUUUUCUGUUUAUAAUAAUCGCCAGUUUAUUUGGUUUCACGAUAUGGAAUUCAAUACGAGUCACACAACUCCAAAGGCGAAUCGAUUCAUUAAAUAAAUUUGUUGAUAAUAUGCAUAAGCGAUUGGGUCUUGAUUAUUUGGAUGAAUUGAAUGAAUUUGAAAAUAAUUAUGCAAAUCAUGAUGAUUUAAUAGAUGACCCUGAUGACGAUAAUGAUUCAGAUGAAGAUGAAGGUCAAUUAUUAAGUCAAUUAGAAUUCGAUUCACAUGAUUAUGAUGAUGCAAAACACAGCACAAAUAAAAAUCAUUCAAAAGAAGAUGAUGAUUUAGAAACUGGAAGUGGUAACUAUGAUGAUGACGAUGAUGAUGAUGAUGACGAUGAUUUAACUUAUGAUGAUGAUGAAGAAGAUGAUGAUGAUAGUGAUAGUGGACAUCUUGAUGAAGAUAAUGGUGAUAAAUUAUUUGAUGAUUAUGAAAAAUUUAUUGUAGCUAAAAAGCGACGAACGCGAUCGGUUUCUCACCUCAAUGGUUUAAAAACUGAGCAAAAAGAUGAACAUUCGGGAAUUGUAAAUAACAGAAAUGAUUCUCAAGAACACAAUAAAGAACACAAUAAAGAUACUAAAAAAGUUGGAGCGAAAUUGGAAUUGAAAUUUGAUAAAAAUGAUAAUGCUGAUGAUGAAGUUCCAUUAUCAAAAUUCCAUUUAAAAGAUUUGAAAGCAAUUAACGAAGAAAAUAUUGAAAGUAGUAUUAAACAUCAUCAUAAGAAAAUGGAUGAUUUAAAUUUAUUAAAUAUUAAAGCACAAGACCCUCAAGUAAAACAUAAAUCAAAAAUAUUAUCAAUAUCUGGAAAAAAUAAACAACACAACAAUCAUAAUCAACAUCAUCAUCAACAACAACAUCAGGAUCAUCAAUACCAUGAUUAUGUAUUAUAUCCUUACAAUACCCAUAAAAAGAGAAUGCAUACUCUUGUUGAAAAUGAUGAUAUCAAUAAACAAGCAACAACACCAUCAACAACAUCAGGAGGAACAGAUAAUAUCGUAUUACAGAAAAAUAAAAGAAAAUAUAUAAAAAUUAAAAAUGGAGAAGAAAAUAUAUUAAAUCAGAAUCAUCGUUAUAGGACAGGAAAAUUAUAUACAUACCAUCAGGAAAGGAAAAAUCUAAAUAUAAUUGCUGCUCAUUUUAAUUUGAAUCGUUUACCCAUCAGAGAAAUUUCCAACAAAGAUGAUGAAGUUUUAUUAAAUCAUCAACGAGAUUUUGAGAAUAGUAUAUAUUUACCAACAAUAUCACCAUGGUCAUCAAAAAAUCAACUUAUAAAUUUAAAUAAUCAAAAACACCAUCAUCAUCAUCAUCAUCAACAUCUAUCAUCUAGAAUUGAUGCUGAAAAUAUACAAAUGGAAUCAACAACAUCAAAUAUACAACAUCAACAAGGAUUAUUACCAUCCGUUCAAAAUGGUAUUGUAACAGUUCAAGUACCAGGAAUAUAUUAUAUAUAUGCGCAAAUAUUCUAUCAUAACAAUAAGGAACGUAAUGGUUAUUGGAUUUAUCAUAAUGGAAAACCAUUUAUACAAUGCUCUUUAACAAUACCAAAUGAUAAUAUAGAAAAGGCGAAUACUUGUUAUACAAGUGGUGUUAUUUAUUUAAUUAAAGGUGAUACAAUACAUUUAAAAGAUAUGUAUAAGGAUCAUAGUGCCAUAUUAGGUACAUCGAAAAGUUUCUUUGGUUUAGUUAGAUUAGGUGAUGCUGAAUAUUAUCAUUAUAAUAGAUAAAAUGAUAAUUUUUAUGAUUAUAUAAAAAAUAAAAGAUAAAUUUUUAUAUAAAUUAUAAAUUUAAAUAUAACUAUACAUACAUAAUUAUAUAAUAUAUAUAUUAUAUUAAAUUUAUUUUUAAGUACCCGUUUUUUAUAUGUACUCGUAUAACCUAUAUACAGAAUGUUUCGUUCAAAGUCAUCAAAUUUUCAGAAUGUUAAAAAAAUACAAAAUCAAAACAGUGUUGUUUUUUCUAUUCUAAUGUUAACAAUUUCCUAAAAAUUCAAAAAAUAUAGAAAACUACUUCGAAUUUUUAGCUGAAUGUUGUCGCUUUUUUUCCAAGUUGAAAAAUUAAUUUACCUCUCUCCACUUUUAUAAUCUUCGAAAAGGAUUAAGGGAAUGGAAUAGGACCGAAUGUUCAUUUAAUUUUUUGAUCAAAAUCUUUCUGUCUGAGACUUAUUUUUUAAUAUAUUUUGAAAGUUAAAAAAAUGACUGAUUUUUUAAAAUUAAAAUAUUAUUUUAAUAAGGAAUUGAAUGACUUCUUUGGCAAUAUUUUCAUAUCUGUUUUUAGUUCUUAAGAUCUACAUUAUUAGAAUAGUGAAUUAUCUAAAGAAAAUCCAUUUAUUAAAGGUUUUUUUCAAUUUCUCUAAUCUUUUUAUACCCGCGUAACUUUAACACUUAAUGGAACACAACAUGUUAAUUGAAAUGUUAGAAUUUGGAAUCAUUUAAGGGUCCGUUUCCUUAUAAUCAAUUCUUUUCAUACGAAAGAAAAAGAAAGGAAAUGAAACUUUUUUAACUAAAAAGGAUAACGUAAAAAAAAAGUUUUCGGAUGAGUAAUACCAUAAAAAAGGAUUUUAUUAAAAACUCCAUUUGAGUGCAUCUAUUACGUAUUGAAAAAAUGAGUACUUUGAAUAAAAUUUUCUGUGUUAAAAUAUUUUAAAAAUUAUAAUUUGUAAUAUUAAGAUAUUAAUGGUAAAAGUUUUAAGAAUAUAAAAGAUUCAUAAAGUCUUCUAAAUAGACUUCAUAAGUAUUAUUGAAAAAAUAUUUUUAUAAGAAAUUAUAAUAAAAGAACCAAUUAAUUAAAAAAAUAAAUGAAAACGAGAAAAUAUUAUAAUUGAGAAUAAUUUAAGUUUGAAGUUACAAUUGAAAAUUAAAUUUUUGUAAUAUGGCAAUUGCGUAUGAAAUUUAGAAAUAUCUUGUUUGACUCUUUAAAAUUUUUAAUUUAAUUGAAGAUUGUUUUCAAUGUUAUGUCCUAAUAAAUAAUGCUUGAAUCUGUGUUGAAAAAGUUAUUUCAGAUAUUUAAAGUGGGUUUCUGAUGUUCUAUUUAUAGUAAUAUUUUAUUAAAUUUUCCUGAAAUAAGUCAUUAUUAAAUUCUUCUUAAAAUAUAAAGUUGCACUGAAAAGGAUUUUCUAAAACUUUUGGGAUUAAUUUUAAAUAGAAUAUAAUGAGCGUAUGUCAACCUAAACGUAUAAAGUUUAAUAAUUCUAUUACAAUAUUUUCUACAUGAAAAUAAAUAUUAGGGUUGUAGUUUGAAAUAAAAAUUCUGCUCUAAAAUAAUUAAUUUAACAUUCAGUUUAUUUUAAAAUUUUUGAUAUAAAACUUAAUUAAUGGAUGUAUAAUUGAUUAACAUAUAAUAUUUAUAGAGAAAUGAAUUUAUUGCUCAUUAUCUUAAAUUUCAAUGUAAAAUUCAUUUUAUUCGGAAAUAUUUUAUUUUUCUUUGAUUGAAAUUUAUUCAUUUAAAAUGAAAUUAACUCGAUAAUUAAGGUUGAUCUGUAACAUUUUUGGCAUACAAGUAAAUAUUUUCAAAAAAAAUAUAUAUUUAAUAAUAAAAAUUCUCAAAAAAAUUUAA